AUGAGCCUCACCUCCUCAGGCCUGUGUAUGCUUGGCGGUGCGAGCGCUGGGGCGGCUGGGGGCAGUGUUUCUCUGGAGCUGCAGACUCAGUGGUCGCAGUCCCGAGAUCUCGCCCUGGAGCAGGGAAGAUGGGUAGCUGGUCCCUGCCCGCCAUUCACUGUUGUGAGCAGGGGUUCCCAGCCUGCCCUGAUUAGGACGGGCCCUCACAUUGGACAGCUCUUUCUUGCGGGGUUUUGGUGCUUGCGGGCCCAGGGUCAGCUCUGCUUCUGCCGCAAGCAGUCCUGCUCAGCGGGCACUGUGUUUGCAGCCUCCCUUCUGUUCCCCGUCAUGGCUUUUCACCUCACUGCUGUUUUUAAUUAA